ACAUGUUUGCCAAACCCCCAAGGAUAAACCUAAAGCACCAAAAUCUCAACGCCUGCCUGCACCACUAUUUUCUUAUAUAUAUAUACACCGUGCCGGUCCCACUCACCAACUAUUAUAUCUCUACGACUACUAUUUAGCAGCAAACCUCAGAACAACCAUUCGCUCUCAAUAGCUCAUUCACCUACUCCGCUCUCUCUAUAUAUACAUAUCAAUCAAGGAUUCUUAUUUUCGAAGCUAUUAGCUAGCUUGUAUUGCUUCAUUUAUUUUGAUCAUAAUAUCAUCAGCAACAUUAAUUUUUGAUCAGCAGGACUUGACAAGUUGAAAGAAGAGGGAAAAAGAAAAGAUGAAAAUCAGCAUAAAGGAAUCGACUAUGGUCCGGCCGGCCGAGGAAACUCCACAGAGAAGCCUGUGGAAUGCAAACGUAGACCUAGUGGUACCAAGAAUGCACACACCUAGCGUGUACUUUUACAGACCAAAUGGUUCUUCAAAUUUCUUCGAUUGUUCUGUGCUCAAAGAAGCUCUCAGUAAAGUGCUUGUGCCUUUUUACCCAAUGGGUGGUAGAUUGAAAAGAGAUGAAGACGGCCGUAUUGAAAUAGAUUGCAACGGGGCAGGUGUUUUGCUUGUCGAAGCUGAAACAACUUCAGUUAUUGAUGAUUUUGGCGAUUUUGCCCCUACUUUGGAGCUUAGACAGCUUAUUCCCUCCGUCGAUUAUUCCGGAGAUAUCUCUUCAUACCCUCUCCUAGUUUUACAGGUUACGCAUUUCAAAUGCGGAGGCGUCUCCCUGGGAGUUGGAAUGCAGCACCAUGUAGCUGAUGGAGCGUCUGGUCUCCAUUUCAUUAACACGUGGUCCGACAUGGCACGCGGACUUGACCUCACCAUCCCACCCUUCAUCGACCGAACACUGCUGCGUGCAAGGGACCCACCAACGCCGGCCUUCCACCACAUCGAGUAUCAACCACCACCACCCAUGAAAGCACCAUCACCAAAUUCUCAGCCAGGUGAUCUUGGUUCUGAAACCUCAGUAGCCAUCUUCAAAAUUACGCGAGACCAGCUCAACACACUCAAAUCCAAAUCGAAAGAGGGUGAAAACAUCACGGUUAACUACAGUUCUUAUGAGAUGCUUUCCUCCCACGUCUGGAGAUCCGUCUGUAGGGCGCGCGACCUUCCAGCUGAUCAAGAAACGAAAUUGUACAUUGCCACAGAUGGACGAUCAAGACUCCGUCCUGUUCUGCCACCUGGUUAUUUUGGAAACGUUAUAUUCACAACUACACCAAUGGCCGUGUCAGGUGACCUAGAUUCGAAACCGUUGACUUACGCAGCUGGUAGGAUUCACGAUGCAUUGUUGAGGAUGGACGACGAGUACCUACGCUCAGCUCUUGAUUAUCUCGAACUUCAGCCAGACUUGACAGCUCUUGUCCGUGGUGCCCAUACAUUUCGAUGCCCAAAUAUUGGGAUCACCAGUUGGGCAAGGUUGGGCAUACAUGAUGCAGACUUUGGAUGGGGUCGACCGAUAUUUAUGGGUCCAGGUGGAAUAGCUUUUGAAGGUUUGGCGUUUAUGUUGCCAAGCCCUGUCAAUGAUGGAAGCUUAUCGCUGGCUAUUUCCUUGCAGUCAGACCAUAUGAAACGCUUCGAGAAGAUCUUGUACGAUUUUUAAACCACACCACUGUCCGAUUACCGCAUCAAAACUCUCUGGUUACGAAGGAGAAAGUGCAGUUUUGCGUCUCAGGAGAAUUGGCCUCAACAUGCUUGUUUUCUAGUUCUCAAUUUGGAAAAUGUUUUACAUAUCCUGUUUAAGAACAAUAUUUCAGGACAAAAAGUUUAUUGUAAUAAACCUCACGUUAGUUUAUGAAUUUAUUUGUGCUCCUGCAUACCAAGGUUUGGUUUUUU